AUGACCAUCGCCCUCGCCCAGAACUCCCUUGCGCUCCGCUCCGGCGCCGCCGACGCGUCCAAGAGCGUUCAACGCUCGAUCAAACGACGCGUCGUCGUCGUCAGGGCGUCGCGCGACGACCAGGAGUCCAUCGAAGCGAUCGAGCAGAGACUCAAGCAGAGACGAAACCAACCCACGCCUUCGGGUGUGCGGAACGACGCCAGCGCGCGCGCGGGAACGAACCCGGCGCUCGGGUACCUGGAUAACGCGGCGCGACGAGACCGAGUGAAACCCGGGGCGAACGGGCAGUUGGCGGCGUGGGAGAGCGACCCGGCGGCGUGGGACGAGCGAAACGUGGGCGAACGCGCGUGGAUCAUCUGGACGGGGGAGAAGGGAUGGAUGUACUGGAUGAAUCAAGCGUCGUUAUACGGUGCCGGGGGGUUGGCGUUUUUUUGGGUCGCGUUUCGGUUCGUCGGACCGGCGAUCGGGCUGUACAAGUUGAACUAG